AUGUCUACAGAAUCCUUCAUCUUCUUCUCCCCCGCACAAGUAAUGCCGUCAAACCCCUCAUACUUCCAAUCUGACAACACUGCUUGCAUAAAUAACUACACAGAACCAAUCGACUUUACUAUCUAUUCUCAAGACACUACUUCCGAACUUGAAAAUGAUCUAUUCCCGAGUACUCAUCAGGUCCAGCGAAACCCCUCAGGAUAUUUAGAAGAGUCCGAUUUGUCCUAUAAUUACGCAGCAAACCAAUCCUCUUUCACGGUUACUUCGCCACACGGAAACUCCUUAAACGACAAUAAUCCGUUGACGGAUUUUCCUACAAAUAACACUCUUGUCCCCCCCCACCUAACUCCUCCCACCACAAGUGAACCUCUAGUGGUUGAAGACAUUCUGAAUUCUCCGUACACGCCUUACACGCCCUACUUAAUUUUCUCACCGGUGAUUAAUAACGUUGAAGGUCAAGGGAUAAUAUUUUGUCCGACUCCGGACCUUGGUACGCCCCACACCGUUUGUACACCACUGACCACUCCAUACACACCGUACACAUCCAACUUCAAUUCUGAUCCUUCGACUUGUUUCGUGCCUCACACACCUUCCACGCCGUCCAUCGAUAAUUCAUUUGACCCUCCUCUGUACGAAGAACCUGUCAGCAAAUACUACAGUCUAUUUGAUACCAAACCAAACAUCUCGGAACUUGGAACAGGCUUUCGCACAUUCAACACUUUCAAUAGUCAAAUGGAAUUCGCCUCUUCCAUCGAUGAGAAGAAACCAGAAGAAGGUUCGGCUGAAACCGCGGUGGUUCCAGGCACGCCAAAUACCGAUGCUUCUUCCGUAUCCGCAUCAGAAAAAUCAACAUCCCCACUUUCACCUGCAGUCGAACCUUCCGAACAUCAGGCGGAGACCAAUUCCGGUUCUCAGAUUGGUGAAAAUCCAGACGUAAACAUCGAAGGGGCGAGAUCACCCUCUUCCUCCCCCGUCACAACCCCUCGCUUGGUUGCGAUUAGACCCCGUCCGCAUGAGGACGACGACGAUAAUUCUGAGCCUUCUAUCAGAAGGAGCAAGCGUCAGAGGACUAGGAGUAUCUCUGAGAAUGAGGAAGAUAAUGAGGAAGACGGGGACGAGAAGAAAUAUACUUGCCCCGAAUGUGGCCGCGGAUUCAAUCGAAAGUUCAAUAUGCAGACGCAUCGUUCCACGCACGAUCCUAAUCGAGUGAAACCAUUUGCCUGCGAGCAUCCCAAUUGCGGUUCGAGAUUUACCCGACGCAUGGAAAAGGCACGUCACUACGUGCGGCAAGAUGUAGUGAUGUGA